AUGCUUUCCGAGGAUGAUGGAUUUGAAAAAACUGAGUUGGAUGAUUAUUUAGCUGAGAAGUUGUUACCGAAUGAAGAAGAUAUCUUAGCGAUUCCAAUUUCUACAUUUGCUUCAGAAUCAGCUUUUAGCAUGAGCGGGAAUAGGGUGACAAAACAACGUAACCGACUAAAACCAGAAACAGUAGGGGCAUUAAUGUGUAGCCAAAGUAAAAAGCAAGGAGAACCAAAGGCUUUUGAUCAGACAGUUGCAUAUGAUGAUGAUGUUGAGUAAUUUUCAAGCAAACAAAUAGAACAAAAUAUUGAAAUUUCUUUUAUGUAAUCAU